UGCUAGUGCAGUCUAGUGCAGGAACAGAAAACAGACCACUGGAUGGAAACUUUUGGAACGCAUCGAUUGCAGUGAUUGCACGCGCAUGGUCAUUCUUGCACUUUACGUUUACGCAUGGCUGUCAAGACGUUGAGUUCUGUUCGAUGUAGAUCCUCUUUGAGCGAUCAUCUGUUCGCGCUCCGAGAUUGACAAGAAGUCUUGCUAUUCCGACAUUCGUUAGCAAAUUUCUCAUUCAUUUGAAUCGCACAUUGCGCAGUACAUAUUGUCGAGAAAGACGGGCCGUGGAUUGGUUAUUAGUCGUGAUUAAUCGUGCGUCAUCGGUCGGUUGAACUUGAGUGUCAGGGAGGGAAUUUAUUAAAAAGGAAAGAGCGCGUGGCAGAGCCCGAGUUACUUGAUUAUGUGCGCGAAAAUGGCUUUUCAACAUCAGCCGGGUACCGCGAUGGAGUGCCUAAGUAUACCAAUUACAUUACACAAAGAAACAGAAAUUAAUGAAAACGGCGAAGAAGUAAUGAAAUGUGGAUUUAAAAUUGGUGGGGGUAUUGAUCAGGAUUUUACAAAAAGUCCACAGGGUUAUACAGAUAAUGGAAUAUAUGUAACUGAAGUACAUGACGGAUCACCGGCGGCAAAAAGUGGUCUCAGAAUGCAUGACAAGAUAUUACAAUGCAAUGGGUAUGAUUUUACAAUGGUAACUCACAAGAAAGCGGUUUCUUAUAUAAGAAAACAUCCAGUAUUAAAUCUUUUAGUAGCUCGUAAAGGUGUUACCAGUACUUAAAAAUAUGCCAAAAGA